GUCAGUGAGUACUUCGAUGGUCCAGAUGACUCAAUACAGUAUCAGAGGCCUCAAUGAGGACGAGCAUAUAUAUCAUGCUGAAAGUCUGGGCACAUGCGUCCUUUGGCAGAGACCUUGCCUGCUUUCAGUCGACGCCAACAGCUCCCUGGUCUUCACUGCCCAUACACUCAGCAUCAUUUUGAACCAGUCAUCCUAAACCACCAAAGGGUUUCUCACAACCGACGAAUCACAUAUUACUACUUAGCUCAUAUAUCCUGCAGCCGGAAGCACAUCUGCGCUGUCUCACUGCACGCGAAGAGUCAAAGACUGUUCCUUUGAGACGCAACAAUGCCCGGUCUUGACAACCACAACACAUCAGGCCCAUCUGGCCGCACCAAUCCCAAUGGAAACAGGUCCGCAUCCUCCAAGCCACAGAAAGGGCCUUCCCAACUACCCCAGUCGCCCGGAUGGGAGCAUACCCCACCCAAGCCCAGCCCCUUGUCCAACCCUCAACAGGGAGAGGUCAAGGACUCGGAAUCACGCAAUGCCUUGAUUACCAGCAACGGUCAGAGUAAUGGACUCAACGGCAAGAAGCAGAACGGCUUGGGAAACGGCUCCGCGGCUCUUGGAGCCCUUCAGCUCACUAAGGGCUCCCUUCCCGAGUUGCCGCCCCAGGACGACAAAGAAAAGCGCUUGCAGCCCCUGAUGAACGAGCUUACCAUGUUAGACAAGCGGAUCGACCCAAACCUUGAUAUCUUUCAGCAGGCACGGUUAAUGAAGGAGAAGCGCAAGCAGGCCGAGGCUGAACGCAAUGCUUCGCUCGAAAAGGACAAGCAAGCGCUGGCGGCCGAGGUUCAGAAGCUCAAAACGGAUCUUCAGAAGCUGGGCGGUGACAACCAGGGCUUGCAGAACCAGAUUGCCAAUACGAAGGCAGACAACCAGAAGCUAACGGAAUCGAUCACGACUCUGAGCAAUGAGAAGCAGCAGCUUCUUGCCGAGAUUGCAAAUCUCAAGAAUGAAAAGCAGGGAUUGGGCGCUGACAACAAGGCUCUCACUGGGGAGAAUGACAAGCUGAAGAGUGAAAAGGAGUCGCUUCUAAAGCAGAUCCACAGCUUGUCAGCGGAUCUGAAUGAGGCCCUCCACACUAGAGACCAGGACGUCAAUAAUAUCCAUGGUUGGAAACAGCGGUAUGACGAUCUGGUCGCGGCGCUAGGCGAGCCCGGGAAGCUGGUCGUCGAGAUGCGGAAGCGCCACGAGGCCAUCAUCGCCAAUUUGUUGAGUCUGCUUGAAGACUGAGUUAGGAAACAAUGUUACUGCGACUGGAAAGUGCCCGGUGUUUGAAAUGCAGGUGGAAAGUCCCUUGUUCGGUGAUUCAAUUGUUUGCUUUUGAAUGGUGGAGCGAGCCUGGUUUCUUCACUUCAUGCUGUUGCUGUCACUCAAAGUCUGAUGAUUCUGAUCAAUGGGAGAACAUUUCUUCAUGCCUUGCAGUUCUCAAUCUGAGUCUUCAAGAUGUGUUGUGAGAUACCUGAAGCUUAAUACUGUUGCAA